AAAAUAAUAUCACCCCUCCGAGUUGUUUUUUAUUUAAAAAAAAACAUUGCAAUGGGAACUUUAACCAAACUAUUUGCAGCUCUUUCAAUAUCACGUCAACUGAUGAAAACAUCAACAACUCUUGGAGUAAUUUCUCAGUUUCAACGUUCACAUAAGUUUGUUGUUAUACCGGAACCUGGAAAGGGCCAUAAACAAUUUCGAAGAAUAGUUCAUUAUCCAAAAGAUGGAAAGUACACAGUGAAACCAUUAGAUAAUACACAUUUAGCUGGCAGAGAUCCUGUUACCGGCAGGAAAGUUGUACAAGGCCUUGGUGGUGGAGUAAAACAUAAAUUUCAUUGGAUAAAAUAUGAACGAGAUGGACCUUCAGGAGAAGGUGAAGUUCAACUUGAAAAAGUUUUAGAUAUCAUUAAAUGUGGAUGUCGUACAGCCCAUGUCGCUCUUGUUGGUGUAGGCGAUGAACUAAAGUAUAUAUUGGCAACAGAAAAUAUGAAACCAGGUGACAUACUGAAAACAUCAAAGUUUAUUCCGAGAAUUCCGGUUCGAGCUAACGAAGGCGAUGCAUUUCCACUUGGUGCUCUUCCUAUUGGAACUAAAGUUCAUAGCAUUCAAGCUCAUCCCGGUGAAAUGCGUCAUUAUGUGACUGCAGCAGGAACCUUUGGAACAAUUUUAAGGAAGAUUGAUGACCGAAUUGUUAUACAGCUUCCUACGAAGAAAGAAUACGGUUUUCUCCAAAAUUGCAUGGCAACUGUUGGAAGAUUAUCAAAUGUCGAACAUAGCUCGAUACAUUUAGGAACACCUCAACGACUUCGUGAACUUGGUUAUCGACCACGAUCAGGCUGGUGGCAAAGGAAAAGUGGACGUCAUGGAAGGAAAAUUAAGCGUUUGCCACCAAUGAGAUUAAUACAACCAGCAAAAAUUGAGAAUAAUCCUGGUUGGCCAGAGAAAAUUUGUCUUCAAUGUGUACAUCAAGUUUCAAGAUGCCACUCGUUUAAGAAGAGAAUUGAAAAAUCUGACGAACAACUUAAGCAGUAUAUAAAAUCACUUACAGUCGUAGUUGAAGAUCCAACAAUGAAAGAAAUGAGAGUUCCUGAAGUCAAACAACAACCAAUCCAACAACAGCAACAACCACAAAUACAAGAAAUACAAAUCCAAAGACCAGAAACUCAUCCGCUUAUUAUAGCCAAUGUUCUUAAUAAUCCUUCAACAAUGCUAAACAGUGGACAACAAUUAAUACAAACACCAAAUGGUCAAAUAAUUCAAGCUCAAAUUGGACAAUUUAUUCAGGGUCCAAACAACACAAUUCAAAUGAUUACUACAAAUCCAACAAAUGUAGCACCGCAGCCUCAAUUACUUCACUUAAGACAAGAACCAGAAAAUAGAUGUGAACUAAUUGUGCAACCAUCAGAAAUGUCAGAGCCUCAUUAUUUUGAAGAAAUUCCAGUUGUUGUUCAAUCAGCUAAUGGCCAACAAACAAUCCUCAAUCUUCCUCAUCAUCAAGUGCAAGCACUUCAACAACAAAUCGCUCAAUCAGCGAACAACAAUCAACAUCAUCAGCAUCAACAGCAACUUCAACUUCAUCAGCAUCUCACAAAUACUGUCGCAUCUCAAAAUACUUGUACAUCUGAACCCGAUGAAAUAGAAAUUCAUGAAGUUCAAGAAUAUGAAGAUUUUGGAUGUGAUGAUAUGGAGGAAAUUGUGAAUGAAGAUGAUCAAGAGCCAGAGACAACUCAAACAACUUACAUUGUGCAAACAAUUCAAGAGGAAAGUUCAGAAAACUCAGAUUCUGAUGACAAACAAUUACUCGCGGAAUUUCUUGCACAACAAACACACAGUGAGCCAGGAAAGCAUAAAUGCAAUCUAUGCAAUCAGGAAUUUAAACACCACAAAUGGCUUCAUAGUCAUAUGAAAUCAAUUCAUAUCAAUUGGAUUAAAGCCAACUGUAAGAAACAACCUCAGUGCACGAUUUGUGGUAAAAGUUUUCGUGGUCCUGGAAUGCUUAAAAUGCACAUGAAGACACAUGAAAAAGAAAAUAAACUUCCAACAUGCAGUAUUUGCUCGAAAGAAUUCAAAUCAAAGUCAAUUCUUUAUCGACAUCGAGCGACACAUUUCUCGAAUCAAAGACAAUUUAAAUGCAACAUCUGUGACAAGAAUUUCUCAUCAAAUUAUCAACUCAAUGCUCAUAUUCAGCGACAUCAGAAGAAUCAUCAAUGUGCACAUUGUGAGAAGAAUUUUUCGAAUGCUUCGGAUUUGAAGCUAGAAAAUAAAUCCCGAAUGGGAGCAGCAUCAAAGCUGAUACAUCGUAAGACUUCAGCGGAGAUUGUGAGUGAAGCAAGAAAUAGUUUAAUGGCUGGUGGAAGUGUAAGACUCGUUUCAACACGAAGACCAAUAACCCCGAAUGUUAACAAACGACAAUUAUAUGGAAAAGACGGUCCAGCAGGUCGUCCACCAAGUGCAUUUAAUUUAAAGUAUUUGCAAUAUGAAACGAGAGCUUUACCAUGUCUUGAACCCAUCAGUCAAAUGGCCGAAGAGUUACACAAGAAAAUCGAACGAUCAGGUUCACUUGGAACAAUCUACGAGUCAAAUUUAAAGACGAAACUUCCAGCACUUGUCGAGUCACCAAGAGAGACAGUUGCGGGAUCUUUAGAAAAUUGUAAUUGGCGCGCAUUAACGAAAAUCGAUUAUUUUCUUGUCGUUUUCCCUUUUUGUGGCGUUCCUUCCGCAGUAAGAGAAUCAAUGCCGUUGAAGAAAGGAAGUUCAGUUUCGUUGCCGGACGGUACAAUUGACAUCAAUGAACAUACAUUAAAACGAAAGCAGCCAUCGUCUUUUGAUGAUAAAACUUUCAGUGAUGUUAUUGACGUUAAGAAUGAUGAUAAGACAACAAACGAUUUUGUAAGAAAUCGACUGAUUAGAUCAAAUGACUUACUCACGCAAACAUCGACCGAAGUUUUACUUGACUUACUCAAGGAAUAUUCUGGGGUUAAAGAAUGUUCAGAAGAGACACAAACACAUCUUUACAUGAUUCUUUUGGAGCUUUAUUCACGUGUGAAGGAAACAAAAGGAAGUUGGCGUAGUGCAAUUUUAGGUGCACUUUACGGUCUUGUCGAAUGCAACUCACCAAAAAUUCUUUUGGCAGUUGCACGUGUUGUACUUGCGCUUGGUGUCACUGGAAGUAAUUUAACUGGCGCUUGUAAAUUGGUGUUUAAAGUUGCAAGAAAUGAAGUCAACGAUUCGCUUUUUAUUGAUUCGGAUGUUCCAGAACUUCUUGUUGAAGCAUUGGGGAAAGUUACACCAACAGCUGAUGGUGACCCGGAAGCAGCAAUUUAUGGAUAUGGUGCAAUAAGAUUUCUAGCGACAGCGAAUUCAAAUACUUUAAGUAAGAAAACGGAAAAUCCAGAAAGUAAAACAAUUAAAGUUUCCAAACAUAAAUCUUUGGCUUAUCGUCUUGUUAAACAUGGAAUUAUCCAACUGAUGAUCGUUCAUCUCCAAAUUUUAAAUGAGUUUGGAUCGACAGCAAAACUUUCAGGUCAACCACUUCAUGCACUUUAUCAGCUUUCGGGAGCUUUAAGAACGUUGAGUGGUUCGCCAAUAUUUGCACAAAUCAUCAACAUGAGACAUUCUCGUGCAUCAUCAAUCGAUGAAGAAGACACACAUUUAGAAAUUGCUGGAAAACAUUUGGUGCGUGCUGCAGAAAUUUGCAUGGAUGAGAUUGAAGUUCAAACGAAUAUAAUUCGAACUUUAAGCAUUCUUUCAGACAUUGAAUCAUGUUGUGAGUUUAUGUCGAGUGAUGCUGGAAGAUUAGGAAUUCUCUUCGGUGCGAUUGGUAUUAAUUAUGGCUCAGGAAUGCCAGAAAAGCCAUUAGCAGUCAUAAGUCGUCUCGGUUACAUUUUGGGGAAUAUUUUCGCUCGAUAUGAUGACGCGAGAUUAGAAUUUUUCAACAAUGACGCUUCAAUGGAAUACGUGCUUAGCACGCUUGAAUUCUACUCAAAUCAACGUUUCGAUAUUAAAAACAACAACGGCGAUACGGUAAUGGAUGCGCUUAUCAAACUGAUACGUGUAAUUGCAAACAUGAGUGUUAAUGCAGAAGUUGGUUAUGGUUUAGGUUUACGACCUCCAUUAGGAGUUGUUCUUCUCAAUAUUUUGCUAGAAGCGAAAGAGAUAAAAAGUGAUGAAGCAAUGGAACUUGUUUUAGCCACACUUGCAGCACUUCAUAAUCUGUCAUAUUACCAAAACACUUCUGAUGAAACGAUGAUCAAUCAUCCUGGAAGUAUUGUUGAGAGAACGAAAGAUAUCAGCGUGACACUUUGUCAAAUUCUCGAUUGGGGACCUCAACUUGCAAAAAACGAAGCUGCGAGAGUGCUUGGAAAUCUCACACGAAACUCAAUGGCAAGACAAUCUUUUUGUGCUGCUAAUGGAUUGAAAGUUCUUGUAAAAUGUCUUCAAUCUGAUGAUGGGGAGUUGGUGGAAACAUCUUGUGGUGUUCUUGUGAAUCUUCUUGGCGAUUGGGAACGUCGGCAGCCAUUCAAAGAACUUAAAGGAAUUCGUCUUCUUAUUGACAUUCUUCAAAAGGCAGCAACAGAUGGAAAUUGGCUUUUAACUGGAAUUGUUUGCCAAGCCUUUUGGAAUUUUGUGAUUGACAGCAGUAACGUCAUUGACAGUUUAGGUGACAAAGAAGCUGACAUAUUGGCACGUGAUUUGGCUGAUUAUUUAGAUGAAGAGAGAAUAUUUGAAGGAAAUCUUCCAGAUCCGAUGUGGGAGCAAUUUGCGCAAGUUGCUACUGAUCUUCUCGAACGUCUUCAAUCUUGCAUGUCACUCAACUCAACACCUGUUGGAAGUUUCGAUUAUGGUGAUGAUGAUGUGGAUCUUGCAAGAAAUUCAUCAACAUACAAAUAA